CGGAUUUAAUAAAUCCGACGUACGUAAUAAUUAUGAGUAUAGUUCAUCACUCUCGUUUUCUCACACACGUCUCUACUUUUUCAUUUAUUUCAGUCAAUUGCUCUAAAAUCAUUAAUCAAGAUACUAAAUAGUUAGUAAAUAUCAGUUUCAUCAUCAAAGCCCGUACUUACGUUAUCAUAUGUGUACCGGGGUUAUAAAUUAAUCUCUCACGGUGGAAUUAUGACAUACAUAUGACGGUAUAUUUGCAAGUCAGCAAUACCAGAUUGCGUUUGUUCCUCAUUUCUUACACCAGACGAAUAGAGAUCAGGGGGUGACGGACGCAAAGGACGAGAAGUACACUAUAUGUAUCGCGUAUCGCAUUAUUCGUUCGGUACUCGUAGGAAAAGGUCGAUUCGUUGAUUCAUUCAAAAUUCACUCAAGAGACAAGACUAGGAGAAAACAAUGGAGAAUCCCUUCGCCACCAACAUCACGUUUAGUCAAGAAGCGGAGACUUUGGAUCGUUUUAUGUUCGGAUGGUUCGACUACACGCUCUUCAGUCUGUUGCUGCUCGUCAGCGUUCUUAUCGGCGUGUACUUUGGCUUCUUCAGCAAGCAAGACAGUACAACGGAAUAUUUUCUGGGUGGUAAACGGAUGGGAUGCUUUCCUGUCGCAAUGAGCAUCAUCGCUAGCCACAUCUCGGGUAUCAGCUUGCUGGGCAUCCCCACGGAAGUUUUUCAUCACGGAACUCAGUAUGCCGCGUGCGUCUUCACUGCAAUUUUCACUUCUGUGAUCACUUCUUACAUUUUCCUGCCAGUGUUCUACAAGUUGCAACUAACCAGUACCUUUGAAUAUCUGGAAGUGCGGUUCGCCAGACCAGUCAGAAUCCUUUCUUCAGUGCUGUUCACUGUCUCGCUCUUCACGUACUUGCCCAUUGUCGUCUACGUACCUGCCCUCGCCUUCGCCCAAGUCAGCAAUUUGAGCGUUCACGCAAUAACACCGAUACUCUGUAUCGUGUGCAUCAUUUAUACUAGCAUUGGCGGUCUAAAGGCAGUGGUAUGGUCGGACACUAUACAAUUUUCCGUAACCGUCGGAGGACUUUUUUCGGUUCUUGUACUGGGGAUAAUGUCUGUUGGUAGCGUUGGGGAAGUGUGGAGGAUUUCCGGCGAAGGCGGUCGUCUCAUUUUCUUUGACAUGGAUCCGAGUCCGUUCGCGAGGAAUACUUUUUGGGGUAUGACUAUAGGUAUGACAACAAUAUGGAUCGUUGACGCUAAACAAACAUCACUGCCGAAACAGGUUCCCAACAUUUCCAAGGUACAUAGCGGACUGGCGAUUACGGCGGUAGGAAUGAUAAUUGUCAAACUGAUCUGCGUGUUCACUGGAUUAAUCAUGUUCGCGAAAUAUCAUGAUUGCGAUCCUUUCCUGACCAAAUCGAUAAGUCGUACCGACCAGACUCUACCGUACUACGUAAUGGACGUUGCUGGACAUCUGCCAGGACUUCCGGGAUUAUUCCUAGCUGGUCUGGUGAGCGCUGCACUCGCGACUAUGAGCGCCAGUUUGAACACCGUGUCUGGUACCAUUUAUGAAGAUUUUAUAAAACCAUGGAUCCCGGAUAGUCCCAAGAAGGAAGUUACAGCCGCCAACAUUAUGAAGGGCAUCGUUGGGAUAGCCGGAGCGAUUUCAGUUGGUCUGGUGUUUCUGGUCGAACGACUAGGACCAGUCUUCCAAAUAGCUGUAAGUACGCGUGGCAUCACCGACGGACCCUCGUUGGGCCUGUUUGUAUUAGGAAUGCUAGUACCGUGGGCAAACACGAAAGGUGCGUUAUUCGGCGGUUGCGUUGGUCUUAUCAGCAUGCUUUGGCUGGUAGGAGGCACUCAAUGGUACACUAUGCAGGACAGAAUUAAAUAUGAUUCGUUACCCACAUCGGUGGCUGGUUGCCCAUAUCCGUUAAAUCAGACUUUUUCAACCACGAUAAGGCCUACUUGGAUGAACUCUGACGAGGAACCUAUGAUACUCUUUCAAAUAUCCUUCAUAUAUUAUAUCUUGAUAGGAGCGGGAAUCGUUGUCAUCGUCGGCACUAUCGCGAGUUACUUCUUCGGCGUAGAUCUCGAGGGCGUAGAUCCCGAUCAUAUUACACCGAUAAUGAAAAGAUUUCUUCCUUCUCGAAAAUAUGCCGAAGUCUCGUUAAGAGAAAUACCACCAUCGCUGGACAUUACGCUGGAAAAGACCUGCAAGUGAUCACGAUCGCAGUUUUGUGAUUAUUUAUGUCAGUGAUAAUGCAAGCUCAAUCCGAGAAAUUUUCCGUAAGUGAACGAUAUCUUGAUUCUAGAUUCUAGAAGAAUCUCCACAUCAAUCAUACAUGUAUGAUCACCAACGAUAUUUCCAACUUCCAAGUCAUCUGACCGGUCACGACAACGGACAAAGCAAAGGGGGUAGGUGCGUGCAGUAGGUCUCUUAUUGAUUAAUAGACGCAUGCGCCAACUAUCCUACCACACAUGGCACACAUGGCACACAUGCUAGAUCGCGGUUGUUUUCGAUUUCUCAUUGUCUGCAGUAUUGUUCCCAACGUCUGUUGCGACUGUGACUUCUCUUAUAUAAAAUAUUUUUAACCAGCAAAAGGACAUCAAGAGAAAUUGCGAGACAGAUGAUGACGUCGUAUUCUGGGACGGAAUAAUCAUCAUCAUCAUUAAAUUCCGCUCAACAUUGGGGAAAGAAGAACGUAGAAUUUUAGCUGUGCGAUUGCUAUUUUUAUAAUAAAAUUUGUCAAUGUUGUUAGGUGUCCACGAUUUCCAAGUUAACAAAUGAAAGAUAUUGAGAAGAGCGAUUUAUGUAAAUGUAAAUGUAAAUGUAAUACUUAAUUAUAUAUAAACGUAUGCUACGCAUGAUCCAAUGCGAUCGAAAUCUGCAUCUCCGUGGACGUUGAAGAUCAAGUUACGUCCCUGAAGAUCCCUGUGUUGAUCGGGGUUGCUCGCUCGGGGAUGAGGCCGCGUGUCGUGUCCUCCGCGCAGAUAUAGGAUGGCCGCGCCUACACGUGGACCGAGCAUCGUUGCGACUCGCGACGAAUGUAGAGCGUCAUCUAUUUCAAUCCGAUCAGGCUCAACGUUCAACAAGUACGAGUGCCGAUGUAUCUCGCGGUAUCAUUCCAGUGCAGAUUUAAUUCUCACGCCGUUACAAGCGGAUAACAUUUCCUCGUGUAACACCUCGUCGCGAGCAGUACCUACCUUCGAACGAUGAACCGAAUGGAUCACCAUCGGCACCGUCAGGACCGUGGUCAUAUCGACGUACACGAUUGACGUACAUGAAAGAUUACUACGUGACAAACUAAAAAGUGCUAUAACAAGAAAAUUUCAUCUGUGGAUACGUAUCCACAAGAUUCAAUAUCUCUUUGCAUCAGAGCAAGAGAUUUAUGACGGACGCCGCACGGUAGGCCAUUAUAUGAUGGAUUCUAAUUAAUUGUUAAAUAUCUGUCUAAAUAUUCUAAAUAAGCGAUUGCAAAGCGGUCGUAUCAAAGGAUAACUCUUAUUCUCUUCGUACAUUUUCGCCCAAUUUGACACUCAAAACUGAAUAAUCUAAAGCUAAAUAAUCACUGUUCACUGUGAACUUUUACAUGCUGAAUCACGUACAAUCAUCUACGAGUCUUACAUGUCUACAGUACAAAUGCAAACGUUUCACAUAAUUUCACUGACACUUGAAGAUUUAGUCAUGGUGCAAAUGUGACACUACAAUUAAUAUGGUUAAUUGUUCGAGGAAAGUCGAUGAAGCACAAGAAUUUGGAUAGAUUUGGCCGAUGAAGGUAAAUCUACUUGGAAGAAUUUUGAAAAAUCUCGGUUGUUGCUUGAUUGGCUAAUCGUUAAGCAGCAGCAAAACGGGUGGCAUGCCGAAACACAGCCGCGCCUCGCUUUUAAUAAUAGAUAAAAAGCGUAGGCAUUUGUGCCGGAAAAAGAACAGAAACCGAGAAUAUCCUCACAGAGAAAAGAUAGGAAGGGAAAAAGAGAGAGAGAGAGAGAGAGAGAGAGAAA